UGUGUAGCGACCCGCACAGACAGCUGUGUGUUAUGUGUUAGGCUAGGAGGUGGUUGUGUUGUACUGACCAGUACCCGGUGUUCGCGGGGUCCGACAUGUCAAUCAACCUGCUAUCUGCCAAUCACGGGAAUGCCUGGAAUGUUCUGAUGCCGGGCAUCCUGGUGGUUGGCGGAGUGGCGGGCAGGGGGGUGGAGCAUUGGAAGUUAAGACCAGGUUCAGCUUUGGUUCUCUCUCUUACGUCUGGGCUUCACAAGAGAAGGUCACGAUUGGCUUGUGGGUUAUCUGUCAUCUUUUUGGCGUGUGCUACGGCCCAAACAGUAGCCUGUGUAAAGUUGGUUUAAUAAACCGUCAAUUCGCAAACUCAAGCCUCUGCCUGGACAAUGGUUCAUUUAUGAUCUAGUCAGGUCAUUACAGUAUUUAAAAAAACGGAAAUAUUACAUUUACAUAAGUAUUCAGACCCUUUACUCAGUACUUUGUUGAAGCACUUUUGGCGAUGAUUACAGUCUCGUGUCAGAUUUGGUGCUACGCUGCAAGCUUGGCACACCUGUAUUUGGGGAGUUUCUCCCAGUCUUCUCUGCAGACCCUCUCAGUGCUGUCAGGUUGGAUGGGUAGCUUCGCUGCACAGCUAUAUUCUGGUUUCUCCAGAGCUGUUCAAUCGGGUUCAAGUCCGGGCUUUGGCUGGGCCACUCAAGGACAUUGACUUGUCCCCGAAGCCACUCCUGCUUGUCUUGGCUGUGUGUUUAGAAUCAUUGUCCUUUUGGAAGGUGAACCUUCACCCCAGACUGUGGUCCUGAGCAUUCUGGAGCAGGAUUUCAUCAAUGAUCUCGCCGUACUUUGCUCCUUUCAUCUUUCCCUCGAUCCUGACUAGUCUCGCAGUCCCUGCAGCUGAAAAAUAACCCCACUGCAUGAUGCUGCCACCACCAUGCUUCACCAUAGGGAUGGUGCCAGGCUUCCUCCAUAUGUGACGCUUUGGCAUUCAGGCCAAAUACUUCAAUCUUGGUUUGAUCAGACCAGAGGUGCCUUUUGUCAAACUCCAAGCAGGCUGUCAUGUGCCUUUUACUGAGGAGUGGCUUCCGUCUGGCCACUCUACCAAAAAGGCCUGAUUAGUGGAGUGCUGCAGAGAUGGUUGUCCUUAUGGAAGUUUCUUCCAUCUCCACAGAGGAGCUAUGUCAGAGUGACCAUCGGGUUCUUGGUCACCUCCCUGACCAAGGCCCUUCCCCGAUUGCUCUGUUUGGCUGGGCGGCCAGCUCUAGGGUGAGUCUUGGAAUUAGUUUGGAACCGCCAUUUAAGUAUGAUGGAGGACACUUUAUUCUUGGACCUUCAGUGCUGCAGAAAUAUUUUGGUACACUUCCCCAGACCUGUGUGUCAACACGAUCCUGUCUCUGAGCUCUACGGACAAUUCCUUUGACUUCAUGGCUUGGUUUGUGUUCUGAGAUGCAUUAUCAACUGUGAGACCUUUAUAUAGACUGGUGCGUGCCAUUCCAAAUCAUGUCCAAUCAAUAGAAUUUACCACAGGUGGACUCCAAUCAAUUUGUAGAAACAUCAAGGAUAAUCAAUGGAAACAGGAUACACCUGAGCUCAAUUGAGUCUCAUAGCAAAGGGUUUGAAUACUUAUGUAAAUAAGGUAUCAUUUUUUAUAUACAUUAGCAAGAAUCUCUGAACCUGUUUUCACAUUGUCAUUAUGGGGUAUUGUGUGUAGAUUGAGGACAUUUAUCUAAUACAUUUUAGAAUAAGGCUGUAAAGUAACAAAAUUUGGAAAUUGGGAGGGGGUCUGAAUACUGUGGCGGUUUCAGCGGCAUGAUCUUUGCAGGGCAGGGUUUACACAUAAACACAUACCACCAGUCCACGUGAAGGGUUAACAUGGUUUAUUUUAUCAGGUACCGGCAGAGUUUGUGAUAUACAAAACUCAAACAAGCAAGGUAAAUACAUCGUCACCAGUCCUCCAAUCUUGGUCUUUGGGGGUUCACUCCGUGUUGAAAUCAUCAGUUCCUUUAUUCCGGUAAACCACCUUCUCCACUGUAUGCUCAGUCUCUCCAAUAGCCUCCUGUUCCUUCACCAGCUGGGGUCAAAUAAAAAAAAAAGGUCAAGAAAGCAAACCCAGGACGUGUUUAAGUAGAGGCCCUGAUUGGUUUCACUUGUCUGCAGUUUAGUCUCUAAAUACAACUGGAGACAGGUGUGGCUGUUCUGCUGCAGUCCGGAAGUUUCGCCUGAGCUGUCCAUGGUCCUGCCUCUGGGGAAUACUUCCCAUUGCUGUCUAUGGUCCUGGUAGCCAGAAAACACGGAAACCUCGCAGGCACAUACCGUCCAUCCACAACACAACCCCUGAAACCGCUACAAUAGACUCCGGAUGCAUUACAGGAUGAUCUCUUUGAUUGUUGUAUAAUUUCUUCUUGCGUCUACGUGCUCUUCUCCCUCACCUUCUCCCUUUUCUUGUGGAAUUCAGUGCACAACACAUCAGCAAUCUGUGACCAUGCGAAAAAACCUUUCCAUGCCAAACCUUCAUAUCAUAACUGCUAACCUCUACACACAGCCUACAUCGUUGUCACCAUAUUAUAACGCCAUAGUCAACAUAGCUACUAGAUCUAAAGUCUUAGCAAACCUGCUACAAUCAUGCAGUACUAUAUACAGUCAGCAAAUAGUUUAGCAGUUGCACUGGCAGGCUUCGGUGGCAAUAAAUUAAUAAAACCAAAAUCUUACCUUGACUUGGAAGACUUCAAGUGUUGGAUAGCUAUAGGCAGCUAGCUAACAUUGCAUCCCUCUCUGUUUGAGCCAGGUGUUUGAGUAGGCUAAACUAGCCAGCUGCAUUCACUAGCUAAGUAAGUGAAAGUGGAAAUAUGAAAUAUAACUAGUUCUCUCUUUCUUGCAACCACAUUUUAUGCACUGCAGUGCCAGCUAGCUAUAGCUUAUGCUUUCAGUACUAGAUUAAUUUUAGAAUCCUUUGAUUGUGGGGAGACAUGUCAGUUCAUGCUGCAAGAGCUCAAGAUGGGUUGGAGGAUGUUGUCAUAAUUACUGUGUAAGUCUAUGGAAGGGGGUAAGAACUACAAGCCUUCUAGGUUUUGUGCUGAAGUCAAUGCACCCAGAGGAGGAUGGAGGCUAGCUGUCCUUCGGCUACAACAUGGUGCUACCCUACAGACUGAUGUUGGGGCUACUGUGGACCUUCAUUGCAAAACAAUAUGUUUUAAUCACUUAUUUGGUGACAUGAAUAUAUUUAGUUUAGUGUUAUCUAAAAAGGAACAUUAAAAAAAAAAUCUGAAAUUCUUCAGAGCAGGACAGUCCUCCCCCAAGGAGCCUCUGCUGCUUAAAUGUCAUUUUAACGUUUGCAAAGUACCAAUGUGCAAAAUAGCCUGAUGCCAGCUAUUUGCCCUGGGCAUUAGAACAUGAUGUCUGUAUUUGUGUGUGUGUGUGUGUGUGUGACAGAAGCCCUAUGCAGCAGUGGUGACAUUUGACAUGCUUCUCCGUCUAUGGUUAAACAAUGAAUUUGUUAAAGGAUAUUUUUGUGCACUGCACAGUUAAAACUAAUGCAUCCUACACUGAUAUAUUUAGUACAACGUCUCCAUAGAGUCUAUGGAAUCUAUAGCACACAUAGACAGUGGAUUCUUAAAGGCCCUAGGUUAUCAGGCAUGAAGAUCCAAAGUGUCAUGACGUUGGCCUGGGGGUAGGUUUAUGACAGUCAUAAAUACCUCUUCCCCCUUUUUCCUCUCUCUACCCUACUGAUGUGACAUUUGAAAACCCCUUGGUUAACAUAGAGAUUCUGGGAACAUCAGAAGGUGGGGGGAAUUGAACUAUAUUCUGGUAAUCCAACCAAUUGAACAUAUGCGGUGGUACUUAAUGAAUAGGAUGUCAGUUCGGUUGUCAUCUGAGACAUUCUUAUUAAUGACAGGAUGACAUAAACUCUACAGUGGAAAGUCUGCACAUUGUAGUUAUCGGAGUCACAUGGAAUUGUUGUUCAAUUUAAAUGUUUGAAUAUAAAAUUAUUGGUGAAGAGAUGAAAUGUAAUUUUAGCUUCCAAAUGAGAGAUUUGGGUUUUCAUAAGGUUAGGGCUCUGCUCAGUCAGUGGCCCGCCCCUGUGAAAAGACAUGGGUUAUAAAACUUUUCAAACACACCCUUCUCGCUCCACUAUUUAAAGUCUUGACGAAAAUGUAACCUCCUGUUCCGAGGAUGUGAGGAUGACGGUCCGAUGUCAGAAUGGUUCAGAUAAUAACUACAGAACGAAGCCAACCUCGGCGUGAGCUUUGGUUGCGAAUGGUAUGAACUUUGAACUCUUAUUCACUACAAAAGUGAUACCUCCUAGCCGUUGAGUUAGCAACAGCAGCUGUAAACGUAGGCUAGGAAAGAACAGACAGAGUAACCCGUCUACCACACAACAAUGUUACUACAACAUAUCCAAUUUACCACCAGAGACAUUCUUCAAAGGACUCGUUUGGGCAACACGGCCUUCCAUUUACCACCAACCUACCGAGGCGCAGCUCAGAGAAAAUAUUUAUUGCAUUUUCCUUUUCCAAAUGGGUGGUAUGCAUAAGAUAGAAUGCAUAAGAUACUUACUGUAUUUACGAUAGCACAGCUUCGCCCUUUGUUCCUCAGUUUUCCCGCUCUUUCACUCAAACCCAGACCCUUUUCUUUUGUGUAACAAGCUGUCAUAUCUGUUCGGUCCACCAGGGACGUUUUCCUUUAUGACAAUUUGUAAUCAAGGUAUAAUUCAUUCUGUGUAUAUGUAAUUCUUUGUGAUUUAGUUAGGUAUUUAGUAAAUAAAUAAUUAAACCCAAUUUUGUAUUACUAAUUCAACUUGUUAGCCAGGGUUCGUGAAGAUAACCAAUAAUUCACAACUUUCUGAUGAGACUGAAUUAAGGUGACGAUUAAUAUUGACUGCUAUUGAUGUAAAAUAUUACUAGGUCUUUAUGAGUUUAUUUGGAAGAUAACAGCUCUAUAAAUAUUAUUUUGUGGUGCCCCGACUCUCUAGUUAAUUACAUUUACAUGAUUAGCUCAAUCAGGUAAUAUUAAUUACUGAGAAAGGAUUUUAUAGAAUAGCAUGUCAUAUCACUUAAUCCGGCAUAGCCAAAGACACGACAAAAGCAAGAUAGUGUUACUGUUAUCCAGUUGGUUUUGAAAUCGAUCUCCUAUUGUGCACCCCAAUACAUAUCAGACGUGCUGUUGAGUUGUGUACCCAGUAAGUCCCUCAGGUUCUCAGGUUCUCUGGGACUGGCCUUUUAGUUACCUUUAGUUACUAUGCCCCCUGCGUCUGGAAUAGCUUGCCAGAGCACCUGAUGGGGGCCGAAACUGUGGACAUAUUUCAAAGAGAUCUUAAAACACACCUUUUUAGCUUGGCUUUUCAUUAGGGUGCUUUUUUGAGUCUUGCAUUUUUUAUUGUUAUUCUUUUGUUUUUAUCCUGUUAUGUUUGUUCUGUAGUAAAUACACUACUUGGUCAAAAGUAUGUGGACCCUCGUUUCUGGUUGGUAGGUGAUCAAAUACUUAUGUCAUGCAAUGAAUUGCAAAUUAAUUACUUAAUGUUUUAGAUUCCGUCUCUCACAGUUGAGGUGUACCUAUGAUAAAAAUUUCAGACCUCUACAUGCUUUGUAAGUAGGAAAAACUGCAAAAUCAGCAUACUUGUUCUCCGCACUUAACACCAGGAAAUCAACUCCAAGUGAUUUUAAUUUGGGACAUCUGUUCCCAAUUAUUUCCACGCAUAAUAGAGACACGUGAUCAUAUACCAAUAUAAGCAAGGUUUGAAAUGAUUAUGUUUUAGUCAAAUAUUAUCUCUGUUUGGGCUUCUUGUAGUCAACUUGCAGUCUACAAAUUAUUUGUAAUUAUGUUCCGAUCAUCCACUCAAUAAAAAAAAUCUUAGUCAAGUUGAUGAUCCCGGUUCUACGCCUUAUCAUGAGGUAUUCUAACUUGGGUGAGCAGUACCUCGAGAUUGACUUAAUUUUAGAGAUUGCGCACCAGCUGUUGUUAACAAAGAGACACACCUCCCCCAGGGAGCCUUUCUGUCCUGCUGGUGCAUAGAAAACCAACUAGAUGUAUAUUAUCCAUGUCCUUGUUCAGCCACGACUCUGAGAAAUAUAGGAUAAUACAGUUCUCCAGUGAUGUGUUAUUUUGCCAAUAGAAUGGAGGGAAAAGGCGGUUUAUUUACUCGCCAACGUAGUUUUGUCAGGGUGUCUGCAAGUCGGCCUCUCUAACACACUACCUUCCUUUCCCGAGUCUCAGGGAUUAGGGCCUUGUCUGGGGUGAGCAGAUUAUCCUGCACUGCCGACUUGUUGAAGUAGAAAUCAUCAUCCAAAUCGAGUCGCCCAGAGUGAGGCCCAGGCAGGAGCCGGCUGCUGCUGACCACGGCACCAUGAUGGAGGGGGGCAUGCAGCUGCUGAACCGUGACGGCCACAGCAUCUCGCACAACUCCAAGCGCCACUACCACGACUCGUUUGUGUCCAUGAACAGGAUGCGCCAGCGUGGCCUGCUCUGCGACAUCGUGCUGCACGUCUCCAACAAGGAGAUCAAGGCGCAUAAGGUGGUGCUGGCCUCCUGCAGUCCCUACUUCCAUGCCAUGUUUACAAAUGAGAUGUCGGAGAGUCGUCAGACCCACGUGACCCUGCAUGACAUUGACCCCCAGGCGUUGGAACAGCUGGUUCAGUAUGCCUACACGGCAGAAAUCGUGGUGGGGGAGGGCAACGUGCAGACAUUGCUUCCAGCGGCCAGCCUGCUGCAGCUCAACGGGGUGAGGGACGCCUGCUGUAAGUUCCUCCUCAGCCAGCUGGACCCUUCCAACUGCCUGGGCAUCCGCAGCUUUGCCGACACGCACUCCUGCAGCGACCUGCUCAAGUCUGCGCACAAGUACGUCCUGCAGCACUUUGUGGAGGUGUCCAAGACUGAGGAGUUCAUGCUGCUGCCGCUAAAGCAGGUAUUAGACCUGAUCUCCAGUGACAACCUGAAUGUACCGUCAGAAGAGGAGGUAUACCGGGCCGUGCUGAGCUGGGUCAAACACGACAUAGAUGGGCGCAGGCAGCACGUACCCUGGCUGAUGAAGUGUGUGCGUCUGCCCCUGCUGCGGAGGGAUUUCCUCAUGAGCAACGUGGACACGGAGCUGCUGGUGCGCCACCACUCUGAGUGCAAGGACCUGCUCAUCGAGGCCCUCAAGUACCAUCUUAUGCCCGAGCAGAGGGGUGUGCUGAGUAACAGCCGUACCCGGCCGCGCCGCUGCGAGGGCGCCAGCCCCGUGCUCUUCGCCGUCGGGGGCGGCAGUCUGUUUGCUAUCCACGGUGACUGCGAGGCCUACGACACGCGGACUGACCGAUGGCACAUGGUGGCAUCCAUGUCCACUCGGCGGGCACGUGUGGGCGUGGCGGCCAUUGGCAACAAGCUGUACGCUGUGGGAGGGUAUGACGGCACCUCAGAUUUGGCCACAGUGGAGUCCUACGACCCUGUCACCAACUCCUGGCAGCCUGAGGUUUCAAUGGGGACGCGACGGAGCUGUUUGGGCGUGGCAGUGUUGCACGGCCUCCUGUACGCCGCCGGUGGUUACGACGGAGCUUCCUGUCUCAACAGUGCAGAGCGGUACGACCCUCUCACCAGUACCUGGACCUCCAUCGCUGCCAUGAGCACCCGAAGGAGAUACGUCCGUGUGGCCACUCUAGAUGGCAGUCUGUAUGCAGUAGGAGGAUAUGAUAGCUCCUCACACCUAGCAACAGUGGAAAAAUAUGAACCACAGAGUAACGCAUGGACAGCCAUCGCCAAUAUGCUAAGUCGACGCAGCAGUGCCGGGGUGGCCGUGCUGGAGGGCAUGCUCUAUGUCGCCGGGGGCAACGAUGGCACCAGCUGCCUAAACUCGGUGGAGCGAUUCAAUCCCAAGACCAAUGCCUGGGAGGGCGUGGCGCCCAUGAACAUCCGCAGGAGUACCCACGACCUGGUGGCUAUGGACGGCUGGCUGUACGCGGUGGGCGGCAACGACGGCAGCUCCAGCCUCAACUCCAUUGAGAAGUACAACCCGCGCAGCAACAAGUGGGUGGCGGCCUCCUGCAUGUUCACGCGGCGCAGCAGUGUGGGGGUGGCCGUCCUAGAGCUGCUCAACUUCCCGCCGCCUUCAUCGCCCACACUCUCUGUGUCCUCCACCAGCCUUUGACACGGGGCUAAGCUCUGGCUGACCUCAGCCUCAA